AGUGGCGUGCAAGUUUUUCCACAAAUUGUGAUUUUUAUCCGGCAGACGUCUUUGCCGGAAGCCUUUCGGAGUUUUUCUCGCACAAACGGAUGAAAGAUUCGGCAGGGAGAUGAUCUGCGACUCGAUUAAUCUGUUAUAAAUUUGAAUCACCACUUGUUCUACUGCUGUGUCCAACUAGCAGCCUAUACAGGUUGCGCAUCCAGUUUUCAUUUACUUGCUGAAUUUCCUCCAAUAAUAGAAGCACAUAACACUCGUAUCGCUGCACAGUGGCAUCCUCUUUUGCCCCGUAGCCUUUUCUGUUUUUUUAUUUUUCUUUUUUUGUGUUGAAUCUUUAUUUCUGCCAAAAUUGACGAGGAAAAGCUGGAUUAUUCUAUCGUCUUCGAAGCGAUGGCUGACCGAUUAACCCAGCUUCAGGACACAGUGAAUCAGCAAGCGGAACAUUUCUGUAACAGCAUCGGCAUCCUGCAGCAGUGUUCUGUUCCGAGCAAAUUUCCCGGUUUUGAACGAACCGGCUCUCAGACGCCUCAGCAAAAUCAACAGGAAGACUACGCACAACUCUUCUCCACAUUGAUCUCACGAUGUGCCAAGGACAUCGAUACCUUAAUCGAAUCUCUACCAAGCGAAGAAAGUUCAAUUGAACAGCAAGUGCAAGCUCUGAAACGGCUUGAGAUAGAGAAUCAGGACUCAGCGGAAAAACUAGAGGAAGUCGUGAGGAAAGGUGAAAUGUUACUAGAAAAAAUUCAAGCCGCUCUAAGCGAUAUCGCACAGUCACAACUCGAUAUGCAGUAUUCCUCAUCGCCGAAAAAGCAAUGAUCGAGAAAUAUAGCUGUUUCGUGUUAGAACACUUUUUACUUGCCAUUCAAUGUGUCGUGUGGUACACGAGUUAUGGCAAAGCAAAACUAUUCAAAGGAUAUAAUUUAUAUCCAGUUUCCUUGUAUCAUUUCGUUCUGUUGUGUACCGUUUUAAGAAGUGAUAUAUUUACACAUAACGAGAACUAAUCGCAGCUUGAGCAUAAGAUGACUAAAGAGUAAGAUAAAAU